CGCCAAACAAAUAUGGUGGACAAUUUCAAGCUGUGGUGUCGAAAUGAGAUAUCAAAAUUGCUCGGAACUGACGUCGGACAGGAGUUUUCUAAGUAAGUAGUUUUAAAAACUAAGGCAUAAAGUAAUGAUUUAUAACGUGGUAACACUUUUGAAUCAUGUUGGGAAUGAGGUGUCUUGCAAAAACCGCUUUUACUUCAGAAAGUUUGAUGGUGAUUGGAGUAUUGGCCAAUAUUUGGUUUCAGUUUCACCAUAGCAGCCCAAAAAUGUGUGGUGAAAAUUUUUACCCUCACGCAUGGUGCUCGGGCGUGCAUCGAGUCUACUUUGUUUAUUAUUAUUGUCAUGGCAUUAACAAAGUAGACUUGUGCAAGGGUCCAGAUUGGAUUCCGAUAUCCAUCAACUCAAGAUCUUUGGCGGAAAGCAUAGCCAUUUGGCGCGGCACAAAGGAGUUUUUGGCAUAAAAAAUUAAAAGGUGGUACAUUUGCGGGCUGGCGGACUGUGUGUAGGCCGUGUUUACACUGUGACGCUACGGCCACUACCGUAGCGUAGUGAUUUGCAUCCAGAGUGCCAAACGUAUUGGUCCGUAGUUAUUACGCUACAGCAAACCAAUCCGUUAUAGUGUAAACACAUUAUACUAAGAAUUUUUAACAAAAUUGAUUUGUAUUCAGAGUGGCAAAUGUAGUGGUCGGUAGUUAGCCCGCUUUUGCAAACCACUCCGUUAUAGUGUAAACACAAUAUAGUAGUCUCAACUAGGACUGUUCGGUAUACCGAAACCAUAACCUUAAUUUUACUACUGAAUGGCAAUUCAAAGAACUUUCUACUGCAAUGAUUUAGAAUUUCCACUUCAGGUGAGAUUUUACACUGAGUAUGUGCAUGUCGUUUGAAACAUGUUUGAAACAGCUUCAAAAUUAUCGUUUUCCCUUUUAGAAUUACUCAAAAUUUCCUUCAAACUUCCAUUAAAGAAUUUUCCUUUAUAAUUAUCAAAGGAAAACUGGUAUACCGAUAAUAUCGGUAUAAUUUUUUCGGUAUACCGAUACCGGAAAUUUCUCAUACCGAACAUUCCUAGUCUCAACACUAGAAAAGUAGUAAAUUUUUAACGGACUGUUAGCCGUAGCGUCAUAGUGUAAACGCGGCCUAAGAAAUUUUGUGCUUUUGGCAGGUUUUCUAAAGUUGUAAUUUUCCUGGCGUAAAUCUUUGGCGGGCGAAAAUGAAGAAAUCCAAUCAGGGCGAGGGUAAAAAUUUUUACCACACAUUUUUGGGCUGCUAUGGUUUCACUCGAGGUUUCACACUUUGAAUCGACAUUAAAUUAUUUAUUCAUAAACGUUGACAUCGCUCACCUGUUGUGUGCAAAAUGCCCGACCCCGUCACCCAUUCACCCUAGCCCCACCCUCUAGUGUGUCUCCUUGUGAUUGGCUGUAGAAACUCAUCAACUUUCCAUUCUCUCCGCAGCUAUUUGUUUUCAAUUGAAAGUGAAGCGGACGUGAGAGAAUACUUGUUUCAGUUGUUGGACCCGGAUGAUGGGAAGGUGAAACAAUUUGUGGAAGAAAUUUGUCUCAAUUGGCAGAUUUUGAAAAAGCCAAAACCACAAAAGAAUGAAAAACAGAAAGAGAGGGUAUGUAUUAGGCAAUGGUAAUGAUUAGUGUUUUGUCAACAAAUUGACUUGGUUGCUAUGCCUUAUGUUCAUAGUCUGCAGUUGGUCCCCAAAAAUCAGCAUCUGAUGGUGAAAUAAAGAAACAGACAGUAAACGUAAAAGGAGAAGUAAGUACUUUAUAUAGUAUAUGGAAAUGGCAAAAAAAAAUAAAAGUUAUUUUAGGUUAGGUUUUCCUCCUGAAGUAAUACUGGAUCAGUAAAUAGUGUUAGUGUGGCCAUCACACGCCCCCUGUGGAAAUCAGCUACGGUUGACGGGGUCAGCGUGGAUAAAUACAGUUCUACUACUACUACUGAACCUCUAGGAACUGGCACAGAUUUUCUGGGGGUGCGGGGGGUGCGCCCCCCAGAAAAUGCUCCCAAAAGUUUUUCCACCCCCGCAAAUUAUAUAUAUUUUGAUUCGAUAGUUUCAUAUUUGAUUAUUCAUACAACUAAAUUUGUAAAAUUACCAAUAUUAUGGUCUCAGAUCUUGCCAUGCAGGCCUAGAAAACAAAUUUUGUUAAACUUUUUUCUUGGCCUUUCUGGGUGUUGCCACAAGGCCCUGGCCAAAGCAAGCAGCAGCACCCCCCCCCCCCAGAUAUUUAUCCACACACCCCGAACAAAAAUAUGAAAAUCUGUCUCUGUAUAGGAAGAAUAGUCUAGAAAUGUUAGAACUAUCCAAAUUAGUUUAUAUUAUUAACCUUUUUAGUGGCAAUGCCACCUGAUGCACCCUACUUUAUUAUUUUACUCUGUCUAAUGCCAGAUUAUUUUACUCUGUCUAAUGCCAGACAAUUUUACUUGUCACGGGCCGAGAGUGCUGCCACUCAAUGCCUGUUAAUUAAUCUGCCCAUGCACCCUGUUAAUCCAUUAGGUGCCAUUGCCACCUGAUGCACCCUACUCUAUUAUUUUACUUGUCAAUGGGAUAAUUCUGGCACUUGAUUUCAUACUGUCAGUUCUAAACAUAAUCUCUUUCCGCAAUUUUUCUUUCAUGUUUUGUGUAGCAAUCCCCGAUAAAGAAGAAAUCAUCACAUUUCGUCUCACUGUACAGCGAUGAAGGACAAGCCAGAACAAGCGUACGUCUACCCGGACGACAUCCUUGUGAGUGUUUGGGGCAGAAACAUAAACUGGUUAAUAAUUGUCUACAAUGUGGAAGGAUUGUCUGUGAACAGGAAGGCUCUGGUAAGAAAUACAUUUAAAAGUCUUUGUAAGAUUAAUCCCAAUACAGUAUGAACUUGCAAACUUUGCAACGAACUUGCAAACUUUGCAACGAAGUUUGUAACAUUUGUGGUCAACGUUUCAUGAAAACAACUGUAAUAUUAUGCAUUAUCCCGAUAAUUUUUAGGCCCAUGUUAUUUUUGUGGCGAGAUAGUUUGCACCACUGAAGAACGAGAAUUGCUCACAAAGAAUUCUAAACGAAGUCAAAAGAUGAAAGAAAAGCUACUGGAUAGUUGGAAUGUGAAGGCGAAUGAAGAUGUAAGCAAAAAUAGAAAAGUGCCUCCACCCUCAAAAUUUCAAGAGUGCUGUGGUUUUUAACUUGUUACUGUAUUUGACUUUCUUAGGAAGAAUUGAAGAGUCGUAAGGCAACUGAACUAAAGGACAGAUUACUGGAAUAUGAUAGAACAAGGUAGAUCAUAUAAAAUCAUAUGCCAACAUCGAUUAAACGUACGUCAACUUAGUACCGAGCGUACAACCUUGUACGGCAUCUCUGAUUUAGUGAUUUAUUUUUUAAGCUAUGCUGUAAACACCGACUCGAAUCUGGAAUGAUAAUUACUAUUUUAUUUAUCUGCAUUUAGUGUGCGUCGUACCAAGGUAAUAGACGACGAAUCAGACUAUUUCGCGACAGAUUCAAAAUGGCUGAGCAAGAAAGAACGUAAGAUUUUGAAAGAUAAAGAAAGCAAGCUGCAACAGUUAAAACAUGGUUCUCGACGAGACAAGAAAGUCACUUUAGAUUUUGCUGGAAGGAAGGUGAUUGAAGAGCAGGCAACAGAAAAGAUGAAUGGUAAGCAAGAUUGUUUACAAAUUCUAUAGUAGUGUAUACGGCGUUGCAUUUAAUAUUAAGACAAACCUGAGCGUCGACUUUAGUUGAGUCAAACCAGCAAUGGUAUGAGUCUCAGGCUUGUUUACAAGUUGUGACAAUGCUGCUCCAACAACUUGUCAACAAGAUUUUUCGCGACAGGUUUGUAGCAAGCUUGUUAAGAAUGCUGUUCCAACAACUUGUCAUCAAAACUUUUCGCGACAGGUUUGCAGCAAGCUUGUUAACAAGUUGUGACAAUGCUGUUUCAACAACUUGUCAACAAGACUUUUUGCAACAGGUUUGUAGCAAGCUUGUUAACAUGUUGUGACAAUGUUGUUCCAACAACUUGUCAACAAGAUUUUUUGCGACAGGUUUGUAGCAAGCUUGUUAACAAGUUGUGACAAUGCUGUUCCAACAACUUGUCAACAAGAUUUUUCGCGACAGGCUUGUAGCAAGCUUGUUAACAAGUUGUGACAAUGCUGUUCCAACAACUUGUCAUCAAGACUUUUCGCGACAGGCUUGUAGCAAGCUUGUUACCAAUUUGUGACAAUGCUGCUCCAACAACUUGUCAUCAAGAUUUUUCGCGACAGGUCUGCAGCAAACUUGUUAACAAGUUGUGACAAUGCUGUUCCAACAACUUGUCAACAAGAUUUUUCACAAUAGCCUUAUAGCAAGCUUGUUAACAAGUUGUGACAAUGCUGUUCCAACAACUUGACAACAAGAUUUUUCACAAUAGCCUUAUAGCAAGCUUGUUAGCAAGUUGUGACAAUGCUGUUCCAACAACUUGUCAUCAAGAUUUUUCGCGACAGGUUUGUGGCAAGCUUGUUAACAAGUUGUGACAAUGCUGUUCCAACAACUUGUCAACAAGAUUUUUCACAAUAGCCUUAUAGCAAGCUUGUUAGCAAGUUGUGACAAUGCUGUUCUAACAACAUGUUAUCAAGACUUUUUGCGACAGGUUGUAGCAAGCUUGUUACCAAUUUGUGACAAUGCUGUUCCAACAACUUGUCAUCAAGACUUUUCGCCACAGGUUUGUAGCAAGCUUGUUAACAAGUUGUAACAAUGCUGUUCCAACAACUUGUCAACAAGAUUUUUUGCGACAGGCUUGUAGCAAACUUGUUAACACGUUGUGACAAUGCUGUUCCAUCAACUUUUCAACAGGAUGUGUUUGCAACAGGCUUUUAGCAAGCUUGUUAACAAUUUGUGACAAUGCUGUUCCAACAACUUGUCAACAAGAUUGUUUGCGACAGGGUUGUAGCAAGCUUGUUAACAAGUUGUGACAAUGCUGUUCCAACAACUUGUCAUCAAGACUUUUCGCGACAGGUUUGUAGCAAGCUUGUUAACAAGUUGUGACAAUGCUGUUCCAACAACUUGUCAACAAGAUGUGUUUGCAAUAUGUUUGUAGCAAGCUUGUUAAGACCAAAGUCUGCUGUAGAACACUAUAUGUUUAUGCACAUGCAUAUUUUUAGCGCAAAAAUACUCUGUUUUCUUCGGGAAAUUUUUGUCUCCUGGAAAUCUUUGUCUCCCGGUUGUGCUCCCAGGAAGAAAAUCCUUUUUUCUUACACAGACUACAGGAAUUGAACCUGACGUGUUUCACUAAUACUGUUGUAUCUUUCAGAAAUAUACAAGUCUGCCGAGGAAUUCCUAGAAUCGACUUUGGGUCACAAUGAUGGAUCUAACCACCCAAGAUAUGUUGCUGAGCCUCCCGUGGUUAGUGUCAGAUAGAAAUUAAAAUUAUAUGUGCAAGAUCUUAGACUGGCCAGCUUAGUUGUCACGUAUGUAGCUGCGGGAUGGAAUGGGCAAUUCCAGCUAUAGGCUAAAUUUUGAUCUAGGCAAGAGGAACAACAUCCAUCGCCACAGCUAGAAAGAGCAUGUUAAAAUUAGUAAAAUUGCAAAGUUUGGCCGUGAAAUGUUGUAAAAUGCGAAAAUAUAUAGCCCUGUGAAAUUUGUAAAUUUUGUAUUAAUUUGUAUUACGCACUGGAAUUUGCACCACAUUUGGGCCGAAAGUGGUGUAUUUCCCGUGCGUAAUAGAAAUUAAUACAAAAUUUGCAACUUUCGUAGGGCUAUAUUUUCCUCAUUUUACAACAUUUCGCGACCAAACUUUGUAAUUUUACUAAUUUUAAUAUGCUCUUUCUAGCUGUGGUAAUGGAUUUUUUUUCUUAUGCCCAGAUCAAAAUUUAGUCUAUAUCUGGAGUCUUCCAAACGGAUGUUAUAUAAUCUCAGCAAAACAGGCUACCAAAAUAGUUGGGCUGGGUCGCUUUCAUCUAAAUAUUUUGUUAUGAUAAAUGUAUUUUUAUUUGUACACAGUAUAUCGAGGAUGAUCAGCCAGCGUCUGGCAAAAAACAAAAGUCGACAAAACCAAAAGCAAAAGAAUCAUCUCGAAAUACACUUCGUAUUCAAGACAAAGAGCUACUGGAAAUGACGGAUGAAGGUGAAAUGACGUUUUAUUGGUUAUUAUUGUUUUAUAUAUUGUUCUAUUGGUUAUUUUUGUUGUUUUUGUUUUGUUAUUGGCAGUGGCGUGUUGGCUUCAAAAUCUCAAGGGGUGCCAGUGUGAAGUUUGCCGCCCCACAGUGUUAACACUGCCCCCCCCUCCCCCACCCCCUAAAUCUGGCUCUUGGGCCUCGCACAUAUAUAUUUUUUAUUAUCACUGCAGGAAAGUGUCUGAGCAUGCAUCAACCUUGGGCAUCAUUGUUGGUUUGUGGGAUCAAAAGGUAUGUACAGAUAAUUACUUUCAUGAGUUCAUGUACCUCGUAAGCCAGUGCUUGGAUUAACUGUAAAAACCUGUACAUUGUCCGUCCUUUGACUUCCCAAACUUGUAUUAUGUUAACUGUGGUGAAAAUGACUGUGCAUGCUUUUCAAUGCGGGAGGAUUGUCUGUGAACAGGAAGGCUCUGGUAAGAAAUACAUUUCAAAGUCUUUGUGAGAUUAACCCUUCAACUGGCAUCGCAUAUAAUAACAUGUUCUACUUUGGUUUAACGAUUACUCAUGGCACUCAAUGGGUUUGAGCAUUCAUAAAUAAGUAUCAAUACUAAACGGAGCAUUCAUAGAUAACGGUUUUCUGGGGGAUUAUGUUAUCGUAUCUGGAGCAAUACUCCUAGACUUAUACAAAGUUUUCUACAUAAAGUUGUGAUUACUAUAACAUUUUGCUUUAUCAAAAUGACUUUGCAUGCUUUUCAUUCUUUACACAGAACUGAAGGCUGCAGUUUGUACACAACUCAUUGUGGUCUUCCGAUGAUCACACCCACGACCUGAUCUAGUUUCUAGGGGGCGGAGGGGCACUGUAUCCUCUGUGACACAUACACUUUCCUGUGAGUCAAACUGAUUGCGUGUUUCUUGACUUUCCUCCAGGGCUGAAGGUCGUAGUUGGUACACAACUCAUCGUGGUCGACUGUGGAUCGCAGCUACUGCAAAACAACCCGAUCAAGAAAACCUCAAGCAGAUGGAAGCUUAUUAUCGAGCUUUAGGUAAGAAUUAAAAAAUGAAAGAGUGCUUCCAGUUCGACUCUACCAAAGAGCGCAGAUUUUCCACAAUUGCUCCACAGGGCAGGAAAAAAUCAUUUUCUUCCUGGGAGCACAACCUGGAGAAAUAAAAUUUCCUGCAGACCAACGGAGUAUGUUUGUGCUAAAUCUGCAUGUGCAUAAACAUAUAGUGUUCUCGCUGACCGUGGUUUUAAAUUCAAGGAAUAAUGUCUGUCAACCAUAUGUUGUUGUGCCCAUAGUGAGACAUAGGUGUUAAGGUUUCCUUCAAAUUUUCAAUAGCAAAUCUUAAUUCAAACGAAUUUCCUGCAGCUGUUUAACAUUUCCUGCGAGCAGUGUUCGCCUAUUUUUUCUACCCCUGUUGUUCCAGUUAAUGCAAUAGGCAAUAGCCCUUACUCGAACACAAAAGUGAGAACAAACUUACUAACUAUAUUUAUAUGUUAGGAGAAAAAUCACGUUUUCCUGAAUAUUAUCCUUCUGGUUGUCUGUUGGGCUGUGUUGAUAUUGUCGACUGUUUAUCACAAGAAGAAUACAAUGAACAGGUGUGCCCUUGACAUAAAUAUACUUCGCCUAAUUUGUAGAAGAUAUGACAUUCUUUUGUGUAUGUUGGUGUAAUGUACUCAGGUGAAUAUGAUAUUUGUGAUGUUACUCUGAGUGUGCAUCCACACCGGGCAAGCUGAAAAGUUUGUCUGACCACGGUGGGUAGCUCAGUUGGUAGAGCAUUGGACUAGUAUCCCAAAGUAUCCCGAUUCCCACCGUGGUCAGGCAAACUUCUCAGCUUGCCCGGUGUGGAUACACACUCAGAGUAACAUCACAAACAUUGUAGAAGAUAUUUCGUGCAUUUAUUUAGUACAGCUUUCCACCCAUAGGCGUCGUGAGGGUCGUGGAAAAUUAAAAUGACAGCCGGGAUUUGCUUAUUGUUUCCUGGGAAAAUGGGAUUAUAAUUUUACUCAUGCCUCUUUAUAAUUUAACCCCUAAAUAAUUUUACUCGUCAAGGAGAGAUUCCUGGACAAUGAGUUACACUCGUUUAUUUGUUCUUUCAGUUCCCUGGCAGUGAGGAGUCAUCUUCUGCAUUUGUAUUUAUUCCCGAAAAUCCUCGAGAACUUGUUGUGAAAUUUCCUGUCAAAGGACAACAUAAAAUAU